CUUGAAGACUCCACGCUUCCCGCCUCCAGAGGAAAGAAGCCAUCCAUCUAAAUCGGCUGUCCUCCCCACGUCCCUCCUUUUUCUUUCAGCCAGACGCCACCCUUACCCCUUCUAUUGUGUUGUGUCUUUCGGUUUAGCCCCGCUUGCUACGUAAGACCCCUCACCUCCUUUGUAGCUAGGUGACUUGAGAAUUUCCGAACCUCGAGUUGCAAUGGAGCUGUACGGAAAGAUGGCCUCUGCCCAAGAUGCCAGGUAUGGCCAGAAAGACUCCUCUGAUCAGAAUUUCGACUACAUGUUCAAAUUGCUCAUCAUCGGCAAUAGCAGUGUGGGGAAAACGUCUUUUCUGUUCCGUUAUGCAGAUGACUCCUUUACAUCUGCAUUCGUCAGCACAGUUGGGAUCGAUUUCAAAGUAAAAACUGUAUUCAAAAAUGAAAAAAGAAUCAAGCUUCAGAUUUGGGACACAGCAGGCCAGGAAAGAUACAGGACUAUCACCACAGCUUAUUAUCGUGGGGCCAUGGGCUUUAUUUUAAUGUAUGACAUUACAAAUGAAGAAUCCUUCAAUGCAGUCCAAGAUUGGUCAACUCAAAUCAAAACAUACUCUUGGGAUAAUGCCCAGGUUAUUCUGGUUGGGAACAAGUGUGACAUGGAAGACGAGCGGGUCAUCUCAACUGAGAGAGGCCGACAUUUAGGAGAACAGCUUGGGUUUGAGUUUUUUGAAACAAGUGCCAAGGAUAACAUUAAUGUCAAGCAGACAUUUGAGCGCCUUGUGGAUAUCAUCUGUGACAAAAUGUCAGAGAGUUUGGAGACUGAUCCUGCCAUCACUGCAGCAAAGCAGAACACAAGACUCAAGGAUACUCCCCCUCCACCGCAGCCCAGCUGCAGCUGCUAAUGUCCCCAGACACAUGGGUAGCUCCCGGGGGGCUCUGGUUGCUAACAAACAGCAUUUAUAAAUGGUCUAUUAGCCUUUGUUUAUACUGCCUGUAAUUAUUUGAAGGAAGUCUGAUUCAAUGGCUCGUACAUGCAUUCAAUUCUUGGGAGAUUUCCUGUGUUAAUAUGUGGCAAAUAUGUGAUCUUAAAUUUGUAAGGACUAUCCACCUAUAAACAUGUGGUACUUGCA